GGGGGCGGCCCAAAACAAUAGUUGUUACACAUUUAAAAUAAAGCGAAAUAAAUGGUUCUUUGUCGUAAUACUGUGUGCCUAGUUCUGGCUACCUUGCUCCUCUUAGCUCAGUUUGCUACUUUGUCAGUGCAUGGUGAAACAGACACUAUUCGUUUUCAGCACCAAUUUGAUAAGAAGCCGGUACUGGAGUGGUCUGUAAAUGAAGUAGUGGAAUGGAUGAACAACACCAUUGGCUAUGCGGAGUAUAGUGACUACGUACGGAAACAUCUAAUUGAUGGACCGACUUUGCUGGAAAUGGAGCCUGUAGACUUCGAAAGCUUUUUCCCAAUCACAAGCCCUCUACAUGUGAUUAAAAUCCAAGCCCAUAUCAAACUGCUUCGUGGGCAAUGUUCAUGCCACGAUGCGACGAUCAUAACAGGAAUGCACAGCUUUUGGACGUACAUGAAGCAUCACAAUGUACGGACAUGGGUUGAGGGCACCACAGCACUAUACUUUUCACGCAUAACUAUGCUCAGCGCUUAUCUGUUUGAUCAUCAACUGUAUAUGGACGUAAUAAGUUCUGGAAGGAGGUUCGAAGAUGAAUAUAGUAAGAUAGGGAACACUGCGGUAAAUGUACAAGACGGCGGUGCAGGGCUACGUUCCCGAAAGUUUGUUUACUGGGUUUCUUGGAUAUUCGCGCCAGACCUCUAUCUAGCGUAUCACUGCGCCAGAUUUAGCGGGGUAAAUUAUUUUCUGAUGCCUAUUAUGGUCAUUCACUUCAUCACUCAAGCGGUUAAUGAAUAUUUUAUUCUCUAUACAAUUUAUAAGAAGGCAGCUUUCACCCCCGGGACGGGUAUCUUGGAACGCAUUUGGUGUAUUUACUCAUACACCAUCUUUGCUCCCAUUGCUGGGCUCGUGGUAGGGUAUGCGUUCCCAAUUAUACUGCAGUAUAUCUGUGUAUUAGCUCUCAUUAUUCAUAACCUAGGCACUUUACUUGCAUUAAUAGCGCUUAUAUAUUUUAGGGGGAGUCUAGAAGCAUCACAAAGCAAGGACAAUGGCAAAGACGUGAAGGAAACAAAAACAAGCACACGUACCAAUACAAAUGCCGCCGAUGAUAAGAACAAUAUGUCUAGUGGGAAAAUUGACUAAUAUUGAUAAAGAAAAUUUUGAAGAGGAUUAACUAAUGAAGAUUAUAUAUAGAUAUAUAUAUAAUCAUGUGAUUAUAAAUCUGCAAAGUAUGGGCAAUAACGUAGUUGCUAUGCUAUAAUUGAGGGUAAUAUUUCUGGGGACUCGCUAAA